AUGUCUCCUCAGGGGGUCGUGAAGGGGUCCAACAGCAGUGGGGGGCAGGGGAAGCGGAAGCCGGUCCGCCGAGAUCCCGAGAAGAGAAGACUACAGAACAUACAAGCCCAGAAGAAAUAUCGCGAAAAGCUGCGAAAGCGUCUCGAUGACCUCGAGACACUGGCAGCAUCUGUGGCCAAGAACAGGCUGCAGACAGGCUCAUCACCAUCAGCAGCAUCAGAGCCCACGAGUAUCAGUAAUGGAGAGCUGACCCAACUUAUGGUUGGGACACCCAUUACACCUCAAACCUCGCCGUCUGAUGUGGCGCUACAGGACUGGAUGUUUCUGGACUGUAACAAUACUACAGAGGCCCAGGAGGAUCAGGAGGUGCAGGCACCAUCCACGACGGUGUUUUCCACUCCAUUUGAAGAAGGAGAAGCAGGAUUUGCGUCGUCUUCGUCGCCCUCAUCAUCAUCGUCGUCGUCGUCGUCGUCGUCGUCGUCGUCCACACUACCAGAUGACACGGCAGCAGCAGCAGCAGCAGCAGCAGCAGCACCACCACCACCAGGGCCAUCGUCGGAUCUUGCUCUCUGGGACAUGGACUUUAGAAGCUUUUUCAACCCCUCCCAGCCCAUCUACAUCGACUGCGGGUGUCCCGCGCAGCACGUCGAGGUGCAGACCAGACAGCCAGGCAGCGGCGCGAGCAUCCAGCUCCUGAGGGUAGGAGGUACGCCCCUCCCCGCCGAUCCCUAUGCCAACCACAUCCGCAUGGAUGUCAUGUGCACCCUCACGGCCAUGUGGAGCAACUGUCUACAGGUGGGCGUCUCGGAGCCCAUGUUCUGCGAGGACGACAGCCUCUCGCCCUUUUAUCGUCCAGGGCUGGGCCGCAACAUCAUCCAGAAUGCCGAGUCGUCGGAGCCGUCGUCUUUGUCGUCAUCCGAGUCCUCUGAAGCUCCCAUGAUCCGCACCGUGCAAAACAUUUUCCGGACGCUGAAGCCAGACCUGCGACCUAUCAGGGAGCAAAUCACCCACCCGCACCACCCUGCCAUCGACGUGCUCCCAUUUCCGACUGUUCGAAGGAACAUGUUGUUGAACGUGACGGUGUUUGACGAGGACGAGUUCUGUGUGGAUAUGUUGGCGGGGCUCAUCUGCUGGGGCUCGGCUGGCGCAGGGAAGAGGGAUAUUAAUGUUGCUACGGGUCAAGCGUCGUCGGGCACGCCGUGGGACUCGAGGAGUUGGCAGGCCAAGCCUUGGUUUCUGAGGAAAUACUGGGCCCUUCUUGGUGGUGAGGAUGGGGAGCUUGUGCGGCAGAGUGAGUGGUGGCGGGGCGUCAGGGGGGAGGAGGAGGACAUCUGGCUGUGUCCUUGA